GGGCGGGAUCUCACGCGAUCACAUGGAACCCCAUUCAUGUAUGAUUUACGUACUUUUCUGUCGUAUCCAAAUGAAACGGGUCCUUUAUUUCCGAAAAUCUUACUUGGGAAUGAAAUUGAGUCUCCAGGAUCAGCUGUGGCCGGCGUCUUGUUCUAAUAAACAAGUAAUGAACCUCAGAAACAGAUGAAGAAUGGAGGGAAUCCUAUUCAAGUGGACAAAUUACAUAAGUGGUUGGCAGCCUCGCUGGUUUGUACUGGAAGGAGGGACUUUGUCCUACUAUGACUCGCAAGAGGAUUCCUGGAAAGGAUGCAAGGGAAGCAUCAAAAUCUCAGUGUGUGAAAUACAAGUCCACUCCUCUGACUUCACACGGGUUGACCUGACCAUCCCUGGAGAACAGUACUUCUACCUCCGAGCCAUCAACGCAGCGGAGAGGCAGAAAUGGCUGGUCGCAUUGGGAUCUGCAAAGGCCUGCCUCACAGACAACCGAACCAAGAGAGAGAAAGAGCACCAGGAGAACACAGAGGCUCUUAAGACCAAGAUGUCAGAGUUGAGGCUGUACUGUGACCUUCUGCUCCAGCAAGUUAACCAGAUCAAGGACAGUGAGGAGACUGAGGAGGCUGGGGAGAACCCUGGCACCAUGGUGAAAUCUACAUGCACCACCUUCAUCAAGACGUUGGAGGAGUGCAUGCUGAUCGCCAACCGCACCUUCAGCUCAGACCAGGCCACAAAAACCCCACCCGGGUCACCUCCCGUGGCAACCAUCAAACCCCAGAAGGUCAAACCUGUCAAUCAAUCAAAUCAGGAAAAACACAGGGAGUGUAAAGAAAUCUCAGGAGGAUCUGUAACACAUGACAACCAGAGCCUUGACUCUGGAGCAGAGGGACCAGACCAACGAGACGGACCAGACACGCUCCCUGAGAGAACCACCCAAACACCCCCAACAGAAAAUAGCCCAGUCGGCAGGGACCCCCAGGGCCCAGAGGAGUCUGCAGUGGAAGAGGAGGCCACUACCCAAACCACCCACACAAACCCUGACCCAGAACACACCGACCAACCAGCACAGCAGGAAGAGGAGGAGGAGGAGGAAUUCAAAGAGGUGGAGCAGGAAAUGAGCAACGCCCAAGAAGAAGAGAAACAGGAAGUGACCCAGAACCAACAGGAAGCUGUCACUGACCAAGAGGAAGCCAAGCUGGAGGAGGAGCAGCCUGCCCAGCCACAGGGAGAAGAAGAGGAGACAGAGCAGGUGGACACAUUCUUCAGUACGAUGAGUCACAGAUUUAGUGAUAUAAGACUGGACGGUGACAGUGGUAUUCCUACACAAGCCUUUCUGGACUCAUGCUAUGCAAUAGUGCCUGUAUUAGACAAACUAGGAUCCACAGUAUUUGGUCCAGUAAAAAUGGAUUUUACAGGCAACAUCAAGAAGAUCCACCAGAAGCUGUCGUCGGACCCGGGCAGCUUCCCCACACUGCAGACCAUAGUGCUCCACGAGGUGCAGACCGGCGUGGCCCGCGUCCGCAACUCAGCCACCGAGGCCCUGCUGUGGCUCAAACGAGGACUCAAGUUCCUCAAGGAGUUCCUGUCCCUGGUCAACUCUGGGGAAAGGGAUAUCCCCGGAGCGCUGGGUAAUGCUUAUGGACGGAGUCUGCGGCAGUAUCAUGGAUGGGUUGUGCGAGGUGUAUUUGCUCUGGCCCUCCGAGCAGCGCCAUCAUACAGCAGCUUCGCGGCGGCUCUGGUGUCCAGAGAGGGGGAGGAACUGAAAGAAGGAUUCAACACAGGCAUGCACCGGGACCUGGGGGUCUACCUGCCUGCCAUGGAGAAACAACUGGCUAUCCUGGAUGCCCUGUAUGAAGAAUACAACCUGGAGUCAGAUGAGGUGGUCUGAGAGGAGGAGACGAGAUCCCGACUGGUGGUCUGAGAGGAGGAGACGAGAUCCCGACUGGUGGUCUGAGAGGAGGAGACGAGAUCCCGACUGGUGGUCUGAGAGGAGGAGACGAGAUCCCGACUGGUGGUCUGAGAGGAGGAGACGAGAUCCCAACUGGUGGUCUGAGAGGAGGAGACGAGAUCCCAACUGGUGGCCUGAGAGGGGCACUACCAGAGGAGGAAGAGAGCCCUCAGACUCAGACCAUCUGGGAUACACUGACGAAGGAGGAGGAGGAAGUGGAGGAGGUAGAAGAGGAGAGCCCGGUCUGAGCCGCCGCAGCAGAGCGGUGGCUCUGGUGUACUUGAUGUAGUGUACAGUACUUUAGACUCAGGCUCUUUUCCCUCCUGUGACUUCCAUUAUGAACAGCUGCACCAUUGGUGGCUGAGAUUGCACAAAUAUGGACUUGUACUUUAAAUUGAGGCUGAUAUUGUUAUUAUUGACAGCAUUAUUUGACAGCCUACAUAGGCUGCAUGUAAUGAACUGCACACAACACUGAAGAGUAUAAUGUAGCGGUGUUAGUAUUGAUCCCUGCUGAACUCCUACACCAAUAUACUGUACAUGGAUGACCUGCGUACCACCACCAAGCCACCUCCUCCCUCCCUCCAGAACCAACCUCCUCCCUCCCUCCAGAACCAACCUCCUCCCUCCCUCCAGAACCAACCUCCUCCCUCCCUCCAGAACCAACCUCCUCCCUCCCUCCAGAACCAACCUCCUCCCUCCCUCCAGAACCAACCUCCUCCCUCCCUCCAGAACCAUUCUCAUUCUCUCACAUUGUCUCAUCUACAAAUGUAUUGUUUACCAAGUGACAUGAACUAUUAUUUUCCUCAUUAUCCUAAUCAUUUAAAUGUAGUCUUUAUGAGUAACUUAUGGAAUAAACCAUGUUCUAUAUGGAUGGAAAUGUCGAUGUUUUAAUGUAUAGGGUUCGACUGAGGUGCCAACUGAAGUGGAAUAUAUAGCAAGGCCUUGAUUCAAAAUGUAUUAACAAUCAUGAUGGAUAGAUUGUUAUUGUCUUCUAUUAGCUGACUUUCCUCUCUGUGACUGAUGAUGUGGGUUAAGAAUAAUACAACGGUGAUCAUCAUAGAGGCAGUCUAACUUUGGCCUCUUAGUUCUGGACAUGAAUUCAGUCUUGUUAUAGAUGCACUGAACCAUUUGGACAAAGCAGGAAUAUCUGACCGAUGUGCAAUAGGCUGAUUCCUGGUUGUGAAUCAUUUCUAGUGUUUAUGCUAAUGUUUUUGUAUCUCACAAUUUCAGAACACAUUUUAUACGAAUGUACAUAAGAUGGCAUUUUUACAUAUGUAUUAAACUUGAUGAAAUCAU